AGCCGCUGCUCGGGAGGCUGCCGCAACGACGACCCCCGCUGCAAGAUCCUCAUUAAAAGCAGCUUUAAUCCCACGUCUGCCCGUCACAUAGUCUGCUGUGGCCUAACCAGCGCGCCUUCGGAUUUUAUCCCUGCCGAGCCGCCGUAGCGAUGGGAGAUAACGUAUCAAAGCGGCUGAAGCUGGUUUCGGCUACGGAAGCAGAGAUGGAGGAGCGCUCUUUUCCCAACCCAUAUCCCGACUGGGAGCAAGGUGUCCUCACCUCCAACUCCGGAACAGACGUGGAUUACAACGAGCCGUUCGAUGCAGACGGGAAAGUGAGUGCUGCAUUUCAGAGGAAGGUACAGAAUAAGAUCAAAGAUCUCCUCCAGCAGAUGGAGGAGGGCCUGAAGACUGCAGAUCCCCACGACUUCUCCACAUACACCGGCUGGACAGGCAUCGCCCUGCUUUACCUCCAGUUACACCGGGUGACCCAUGAGGCCUCCCACCUGCAGAGGGCGCUGGACUACGUAAAGAGGACCCUGAGGAACCUGAACGGUCGCAAAGUGACUUUCCUAUGUGGUGAUGCUGGGCCUCUGGCAGUGGGUGCUGUGGUCCACCACAGGCUCAACAACACUGCCGACAGCAGGGAGUGCCUGACCAAGCUCCUCCAGCUCCAGCGGUCGGUGCUGAGUCCAGACUCGGAGCUGCCGGAUGAGCUGCUGUAUGGCCGGGCUGGCUACCUCUACGCCCUGCUGUACGUCAACAAGGAGAUAGGAGCCAACACAGUGGACGAGGACACCAUCGCCAAGGUGGUGACGGCUAUCGUAGAGUCUGGGAAGAACCUGUCAGCAGAGCAGAAGAAGACAGAACGCUGCCCACUGCUGUAUGAAUGGCACAAGAAACAGUAUGUUGGUGCUGCCCACGGCCUGGCUGGCAUCUACUACAUGCUCAUGCAGCCAGGAGCAAAGGUACAUCCUGACAUUCUGGCAGAGGCAAUUCGUCCGAGCAUCGACUACGUCCGCCACAAGAAGUUUCGUUCAGGCAACUACCCGUCAUCCCUGAGCAACGAGACUGACCGACUGGUUCACUGGUGCCAUGGAGCCCCUGGUGUCAUCCAUAUGCUCAUCAUGGCUCAUAAGGUGUUUAAGGAUGAGAAAUACCUGAAGGAUGCUGUAGAAUGUGGUGAGGUGAUCUGGCAGCGUGGCCUGCUGAGGAAAGGCUAUGGUAUCUGCCACGGUACUGCAGGCAAUGGCUACGCAUUCCUGUCCCUCUACCAGCUCACCCAGGAAAAGAAAUACCUGUACCGCGCCUGCAAGUUUGCUGAGUGGUGUUUGGACUACGGGACCCAUGGCUGUCGCAUCCCAGACAGACCCUACUCUCUCUUUGAAGGUAUGGCAGGCGCUAUCCACUACCUGUCAGAGAUUGCAAAGCCUGAAGAUUCCUGUUUCCCUGCCUUUCAACUUUGAGCUGCCUACGCUUUGGAGCACCGGGGCUGAUUGGACUGAGGAUGCUGAGGGGGAAAAGGACAAAAUGUUGUAAGACUGCUGGACAACGUUGUAUCUGUGUUAUAGCUUUCAACCUUGGCCACAGUGAGUCAUGACUAAAUGAAAGCUGGAACUAAACAGACUGAACUGCUUGGUUAUUUGUGUAAACAUUUGAUUUGUUCUACAGAUUGAACAAAGACAUACCAAAAGAAAAAAAAAAAAGUCUGGAAGUUGUUAACUACUAAAAAUAAAACAAGCAGGCCAAUCAGACGUGGAUAGUGGAUCUAAGAAGAUGAUGGAUAUUUCUCAUCGUUGGAGAUGGACAGUUUCCUCUGCAUUGGGCCUGUUAUAUGAAGAGUGGCAAAGCUUCUGGGUAUCCCAAUGGAGGGGCCCCUGUUCUCUCUGUGGAGCGGUGGGGACAUGGACCCCAGUCCCCCAAGCCCUCCUAACCCAUCAAAAUGUAUUGCCAGGUGGCAUGGACGCAAAAAACCCCACACCCCAAGCCCUCAGCCUUUAAUACUGUAGCAUCCAGGCCAGGAAGAGGGCGGGCGGGCGGACGUGUGUGUGUGUGUGUGUGCGUGUGCGUGUGCGUGUGCGUGUGUGUGUGUGUGUGUGUGUGUCUGUCUGUAUGUGUGUGUGUUUGUUUGAGACGUGAAACUGAAGCUGUUUUAGUAUUUCUACGCCUCUGCAUGUUUGUCGUAACGGCUCUUGGUGCCUCAUAGCGUCUAAUUUCCUCUGGUGUGCUGUUAGGUAGAAACUGUAAAUUAUUUCAAUUUUCCAGGCAUUUGUCACAGCGGGAACAAGUUUCUCAAUCAUCACUUUCACUGAUAAACAAGUGAAAAACCAGCUUGACACCGUUUUUGUUUUGGUCUCUGAAGCAGACACAUUGAGCAAUUUAAAGUAUCAAACCAGAACUUUGUAAAUUGUAUAUUUACAAUCCCAGUUCCAUUACAAAUGACAUGGACACCUGCAGGAGGAUAGCAAACCAUCUGUCCACUUACAGCAAAUGACUCACUAAUGAUGAUAGGAAAUGCCUGCGCUUUUUAACGUUAGCGAGGCUACUUACAGCUAGUCACCUUCUCUGCUGGUGCUAGGUCCGUUCAUCAAUUUAAAAGAAUAUACACUGCUAUGAAUCUAUACCACUGUAAAAUAAGACUGCAGACAACACUAGAUUAAAUUUAGACAUGUUUAUAGCUGUCUGCCGUUUUGUUGCAACACCAUAUGGCAAACUCGGAGCUUUCUGAUCUUCUCUGAAAUUCCAACUUUGAGUCCAGACUUACCUGGUGUUCCUUUGCACUUUUCCACAAAGGAACAAGUUCUCCUUGUUCCAAGUUCAGUGGAAAGCGCCAUAAGAGCAGAGGUGAUCUGCCUGCCCAUGUUUUAGGCUGUCGUCUACCAAUGGACAUUAGAGAUCCCGGCUAACUAGCCAGGUUGCUACUGUGUGUACUGGUGCUGGCAAAGCUACAAGCUGUUUUUUCUAGCUAACCGAAACGAAAAGGCAGAAGAUGUUUUCCCAUAAUGUCACAAGUGCCUGAUGAAUUGAAAUGUUUCAUUUAUAAUAUGAAAACAAACUUCCCUCUGUGCUGUGAAAUGUUUCUACAUUUGUCCUUCAAACAGCUUGUUUGCAUCAUUUACAGAUCCACUGAAGUGAUCAAGCCAGCUUGGUAGCUUGUUUCUAGCAGCACGCAUUGGCUCCGCUGUCCCCCCACCCCCACCCCCCACCACCAUGUGGCAAUUAUGUUGAUGAUGAGGGAAAAUCUAUUUUAAAUCAAAUCGUGACCCAAGAACAGUGAUUACACAGGAUCACUAGUGACCACCCGUAACUGGUGCAAAAUUCAAACUUUCUGCAGCUUCAGUCUGAAAAUAUUGGCAUUUGCCUUGAAAAGCUGUCAGUGGAAUCCAACCCGUCACCAUCAUUUCCCUACACUACUAAUACUGCUUUUUUGUUUGUUUGUUUUUUAACCCAUCUUCCCUCUCCAUUUGAUGUGACCCAACUAUCACUCACUUCUCCUCCUAGCCUCACCCACUAAUGUUGCAUUCAUGCACACAUCGGAUAUAUUUUUCCACAAGUUAUGACAUUACUUUGUCUGGGUUUUUUUGUACCUGGAUUUCCGAUUUCUGUGCCAGACGUGUCCUGCCGUCAAGUGCAAAGUCAGAAGCUCGUAUUUCCGACUUUGGGAGUCCUGGGUACGACUUGACUGGCGUUUGAGUUCUCUGGUUGCAAAUAUCGGGUAACCUAGCAACAUGAAAACAUAGACGCCAUUGCAAACCUUAACAAGCAACAACUCAGAAACCCUGGCAACACUGAUAUUUCCCAGUUUCUGACUCAGAAACUUGUAAAUAUGGUAAAUAUGAUGUAGGGACUUACACACACACACACACACACACAAUUAAUUCUGAGAUUAAUCUCCACAUUGUAAAAUUCAUUCUUCUGUUUUGUUUUUGUGUGGUCCAUACAAAACACUGGGACAUUGGGAGGGGCGGUCAAUAAUCUUCAGUGCACAUGAAUGCACAUAAAAUCCUUCCGCACUUGUUGGAUUCUUGUCAUGUUCGUCACUGCAUGAGGAUAAUGUCACAUGUGAUAACAGCCUGGAAAUAUGUUUAUGUGUCCAUCUGUCAGUGCGUGUUCCGUUAAGCCGGUGUGUUCACCCAACUCUGUAUGUGUAGUCACAUGAAACUUUAGUCUGGACUUGUUUGUGAGUUGUUUGGUUGUUAUUUGUGACUCAGUCACAGCAGUGAGGACAGAAGUCAAAAAGCAGAAAGCCGAAGACCUUUUCCUUCAGGCCAAACGGUGCCACGUUAUGAAUGUGGGUCCCCUCCCCCAAACUCCUAGGCUUCAGCAGAGCAGCAAUGUAAAGGUGUUAAAAUGUCUUAAACAUUCUUCUUACCUGCUUCACAGCUAGCCAACGCUUACAAAACUCAAGUAACAAUUUCAUGCAAGGUUUGAUAUCGUUGGAAUUAAAGAAUGAAUACAACAA